AUGAGUUCCGACUCUGAGACUGACCAAAGCCGUUCUGAAAACGCGAGUUUAAGUAAAUUUGAGGAAGAAGAUGAGGAACUUGAAUUUGUUGUAAGGGAAGGAGCGGCACGUAGCAACGAUGAUGAUAUGGAUAGGCCUUAUACCGGAGAACCUAUGGCGGACGCGAACUGGGUGCAACAGUAUUAUAAUCGGAGAGAAGAGGAGAGACAGAGAAACGAAAUUCUUUCGAUGCGACUUAGCAGUUAUUUAACGACUCAGUCAUGGUGUACAUGUGGCCACUGCCAUAUAGAAAAGCUUUCAACUGCAAAGGAGUGCCAGUGCUGCAGAGAGCUAGAAGCUGUUGCCACGUGUUUUAGUGAUGAAAGGGUGUUUGAUGAUGUUGAUGAAGUCCCUCGAUGCAUCAUUCAACAUCCAGGAUUUUCAGAAGUUUGUCUGGCAAAAUGUUCAUUAAGACACUUGGCAGACAAAUAUAGAACAAAAGAAAAUGUCAAAUACAGGAAAACUGGUACAGAGAAUGGGUUCUUCAGGGCAGUUGCCUAUAGAGAAUUUUCAAGGCUUGUCCAUGGACGUUUAGGAAACAGACGUAUUCCACUUCCAGCAGGUGCUUACCACAAAAUCAGGACACAGUUUCCAGGAGAGGAGUUUAAGGGAUUUGAUGAUGAAGACUAAAGGAUAAAUUGAGCUGCAAAAAUUA